AUGCUGAGCGCUCUCGGAGCCCGGCUCAAAACAAAGCCUCAGAUGGGAUCCUUGGAGGCAAUCGCCCCCGAUUUCGUGCUGUUUAAGCAGCCUGUAGGAAGGGAGCUUUUCUCCCGGCUGCCGGUUCGAAGGGGUUUCCGCCCAGUGCUUCUGCUCUCUCCAUCACCACGAGAGAAUAAACUCGGUCCUCUCUGCCUCCCUCCAACUCCAACCUUUGCGACGGCCAUUUACCGGCUCUACAGGCAUCUGGAACAAGAGAAGCACGAGCUGAGGCGGCGAUUUGAGAACAGAGAAGGCGAGUGGGAAGGCCGGGUGUCAGAGCUGGAGAGCGACGUGAAGCAGCUGCAGGACGAGCUGGAGAAGCAGCAGGUCCACCUGCGCGAAGCGGACCGGGAGAAGACGCGGGCCGUCCAGGAACUAUCCGAGCAGAACCAAAGACUCCUGGACCAGCUCAGCAGGGCGUCGGAGGUGGAGCGGCAGCUCUCCCUGCAGGUCCACACGCUCCGGGAGGAUUUCCGGGAGAAGAGCUCCUCGAGCAGCCAGCACAUCGUGCGGCUCGAGAGCCUCCAGGCCGAGCAGGUCCUCGAAAUCAAAAUGCUGACGGACAGAAAGCGGGAGCUGGAGCGUCGCCUCAGCGCCAUGAUGGAGGAGAACGACCUGCUGCAGGGGACCGUGGAGGAGCUGCAGGAUCGAGUGCUGGUGCUGGAGAGGCAAAGCCACGACAAGGACCUGCAGCUGCACCAGAGCCAGCUGGAGCUCCAGGAGGUGCGGCUAUCCUAUCGGCAGCUGCAGGGGAAGGUCGAAGAGCUCAGUGAGGAGCGAAGUCUCCAGAACUUCAACACAACCAGCACGUCCUUGCUUUCUGAGAUCGAGCAGAGCAUGGAGGCAGAGGAGUUGGAACAAGAACGGGAACAGCUAAGGUUGCAACUCUGGGAAGCUUACUGCCAAGUGCGGUACCUCUGCUCCCACCUCCGCGGGAACGACAGCGCAGACUCUGCGGUCUCCACAGACUCUUCCAUGGACGAGUCUUCAGAAACCUCAUCAGCCAAAGAUGUCCCAGCUGGCAGCCUACGUGCAGCUCUCAGUGAGCUGAAAAGACUCAUACAAAACGUGCUGGAUGGGGCAGACUCCACAAGUUCCCGGCGAAGCGAUGACGACACCUUAGAAGAACAGAUCAGGCGAACAAGCGAGGACUCGCGAGCCCUGAGGGAAUUAAUGGAGGGAGAGCGGGGGAAACUGAGGCAGAGUUUGGAGGAGCUGCAGCGACUUCAUAGCCAGGUCACUCUGCUGAGCGUGGAGAUGACGACGCUGAAGGAGGAACGGGACCGGCUACGAGGUGCAGCCGAAGACAAGGACACGAAUGAACGGCUCCUGCAGGCUAUCAGGGACCGAGACGAGGCCAUCGCCAAGAAGAACGCGGUGGAGGUAGAACUGGCCAAGUGCAAGAUCGACAUGAUGUCCCUCAACAGCCAGCUGCUCGACGCCAUCCAGCAGAAAGUGAACCUCUCGCAGCAGCUGGAGGCCUGGCAGGUAAGCGGCGCCCGGCGCCGGCGCAGCGCCAGGCCCCGGGCAGGAGGAGGCACCUUGGGGUGCUGCUCCCCCCGGCAGGCUUGCAGUCCGCGUGCCUGGAGACGCGAGAGCCUUCUGCUCCGCGGGAGCCAGGAGCACAAUGGCGCUCCUGGGGGGUACAGCAAAGCAGCCUCCCGCUCCCACCCUUUCAGGUUUUAAUUAUUAUAUAGUAACAGCUAGUCAAACGGGAGAACUAAACUGAGUUGCAUGGCGGCAGCAC